AUGGCUGCAACAAGCGUUUCCUCCGUCACGACAUACAAAUCCAUGAUUGAAUCAUGUAUCAACAAUCUUACUGGAGCGCGGAUAGACGGUGAUAUAGACACGUACGUCCUCGAAACCGACUGUGCGGAGCUGCUGAACCAAAUAAAUGCGGUGCGCAAAGCGACCCUGCCCGAAGCGCUUCAGAUACACAAUGCUGCAGUCGAGACGGUCUGCCGCGACAUCAUCGUCGACACCGUCGCCACAGCCGACAUCUCAGAACCAGCGUUCGCCCAGGUCUGGGUCCUCCUUGACGUUAUUACCAUCCUGUCUGACAACGAACUAUGCGAACCUACUUUGGGUUUCUGGCUCGUCGAGGAGCUACUGGACAGUCAGACCAUUGAGGGCUGCAGAAAAGUCUUUGACUAUCUAGAAUCACGCAGAGACAGGAUGACGGCGAAACAUUUCAAACAGAAGAACUUGGUCAUUCUAAGAUGUUGCAAUGAGUUGCUCAGGAGGCUGUCGCGAGCUGAGGACACCGUCUUUUGCGGCCGCGUCUUCAUCUUCCUCUUCCAGAGCUUUCCUCUCGGGGACAAGAGCUCGGUCAAUUUACGUGGUGAAUUCCACGUGGAGAAUAUCACUACCUUCGAUCCGAUGCCUGUCAAGUCAGAAGAUGCUAUUAAGCCGAUGGAACUUGACACUGACACGCCACAAGCUACUUCUGGUGCCCAUACCCCUGCCUCGAGUGCCCAGGUUCAGGAUCCCGAGAAAGCAGCAAGAAGUACACCAGUCCAUAAGACUUCCAAAUCUGAAUCUAAAGAGCAGCCCCCGGACCUCGACGCUUUAUAUCCCAAGUUCUGGUCUCUCCAAUCCUUUUUUUCGUCCCCAACGAAGCUUUUCGACCCUGCCAACAUGACUGCUUUCAAAGACGGCAUAGCUCAGACGCUCUCCUGCUUCAAGUCAGUCUCGAAUAGUUCCGGUUCUUCUACAAAUCCUGCCGACUUGAAACGCGGUGUGAAGCGCAAGCGCCAUGAUGUUGAUAUGUCGUCCGCCUUGACUUCGACGUUUAAUCCCAAAUACCUGACAAACAGAGAUUUGUUCGAUCUCGAAAUCCAUGACAUUGCUUUCCGGAGACACAUCCUCGUACAAGCACUGAUUAUGCUCGACUUCCUGCUCAGCCUCUCGCCAGUCGCCAAAGCAAAAUUCGAAGGGCUUACCAACAAGUCCGUGCUAUACUCCUUCAUCCUCUCCGAAGAAGAUAUCAAAUGGGCAUACUCAACUCGCUCUCAGAUAGCUGCUUACCUACAACAAGGCGGAAACGGCAAUGAAGGGAAAUUCUACUACCGCAUGGUUGACACGGUCUUGUCGCGAGACAAAAAUUGGGUGCGAUGGAAAGCUGAGAAUUGUCCAUCGAUAUCGCGUGACAGUGUCUCACCGCAGAUCUAUCUCGAAUCGCGCGACACGCUAAUGAAACUGACCGAGUCCGCGCGAACACCACUGGUCAACCCGCCUGGGGCAACCGACUUAGCAUUCCUCUCGCGAAUCGAACCUCUCGAGGCGCUCAAACAUCCUUCAAAACGCCAUCAGGUACCAAGUUUAGAGGAAUAUUAUCGGGGCAUUGAAAGGGAUGACCUAGAUAUGGAUUUCGCAAUGACAGACGAGGAAAGGAAGGAAAUUGAGGAGAGGAAAGCCGGGAAGGUCUGGAGGGCAUUACGAGCCAGCAAGAAUCGUUUCGUCAUGUGCGAGAAAGUGCAGUACGGAAGCGACUUGAAGGCUUUGUUGACGGCAGACAACCUCGACGACCAAGGUGAAAAAGGUGGGGAGGUCGAAACGGAGGCGGUACCGAAGGAGAAUGGAACUGUAGAGGGAACAGGCAUUGGUGAUGACCGUGCGGACACACAGUCACUACACGCCGAAGAGACAGACGCAGUGCCCGACAUAUCGCAGUCCACGAAUCAGCCAGCAGCAGAUCUACCAGAAGAAGUCACAGUGUCCAAAACCGAGGAUGCGGAAAUGAUGGAUAUGCCUGACCCGGCCUCUGUCUCUGACACAACUGGCGAAACGGAGAAGGGGAGGAAUGAUAUCGCCUCAGGCGAUUUAGGUGGCGAUGGUAGCGAGACGCAUGAAGUGACGUCAUUAUAA